AUGGCCCAGCUGCCGAAGGGGCCGCCCCCGCGAGCCUCUUUCGAGAAUUGGGCUUGUCACCCUGUCAGGGAGGGGGGGGAGGGACGCGGCGAAGCUGGGCAGGCCCAGGUCACCCAGACUGCAACACCGUCCGCCUCAGCUUGGGGCCCGGCGAAGCAGCUGCUCUUCAUCGCCCUCUUCCUUUUCUCGUGGAGCCAGUGCUGGAUUGCAGUUGGUACAAAUCUCUGGCACAUUGCCAACACGCCUUCAUAUCGCAAGACUCCGGACGUGAAAUUCACGGCUCCCCUGGCUGUGCUGCUGGUGGGGCUGCUGGCCACGAACCUCUUUGGCUUCCUGGCCUUCACGAGGAGCAAACAGCCCCUGGAGGCUGGCCUGGCACUCAUUGGUUUAGACUCCCCGUACGUGGUCUCCAGCCGCGGGCUUCGGAUCCUUCGUGGCGAGAAGGUGGUGGAGUGGCAAGAGCUGCAGUGGCGCAAAGGUUUGUGGCUUUCCUUGCCCUUGGCAUGUUUGAAGCUUUGGAUGAUGCUGCGAGUUUACGUGGAAAUUCCGGGCUGCCAGGUUCUCCUGCGGCCAUCCAUUUAUCUUUCUGCAGUUGACGGCUCCGCCCCUCCGCCGGGAGGCAUUCAAGAAUCUCUCAAUGGCACUUGGCAGCAGCUCUCGCUGGUCGAUGCUACUCAUAGGGUCAUGCAAAAAAAUGCCGAGCUGUAUCAUACACUCCAAAAUCGACUGCAAGACGGGUUUGUGCGUGAUGCGCGAAGCGAAUUGGAAAGCUUGUGGCAUUCCUGGCACUGCGAGGAGUCAGAUUGGACAGUUAUCCCAAUGGCAGACAUGACGGCAAGGCGUGAAUACUAUUUUCCAAGUACCGACACCAGACCAGAAGACAGCGUGGAACCUCCGGGCCAGAUUGGCAGCGGCCACAUGGGGGCUCUGAAUGAGCACUUCCGACAACAGCUGAUUGCAGUCUUGAACGAGGACCGCGAGUUAAUUCCGAAGGUCACCAAGAUUUCAAAAAAACUCAGAGGUGUGCGGGCCUUUGUUGCGCGCACGGCACUUCGACUGCUCCCGCAAGAGACAGUGAUAUAUCUCGUGAUGGAGAAGCUCCGAGCGAACAUGAAACAGAGCUACAAGGACGCUGAUGCCAUUCGCGGCUGGAGUGCUAAUGCGCCACAUCAGAGCAGGCCCUACCUCGGCUGGAUGUUGUUUUCUUCCGUAAUGCUGAUGCUGAAUGCCUCGAGAUCGCUUUCUGCGAAGUUCUGCCAAGUGCUGGACCUGGAGCUGGCCACCUCGCUGGCCGUGACAGUGCACGGUGUGGUGGAUGUCACGCUGAUGGUGAUCACUCUGUUGCUCGCGAGUGCUGCGCAACAAGCCGACAAGCAAGGCAAAGUCGUCCGUGGAUUGCCGGGGGCCAUGGAGGCCUUCUAUGCCAGAUUCCUCGAGAUGAUCACCCCAGAGGAUUUUGAAGGAGGAUCGGACCACUUUGACAAACUUGUUGUCAAGGCCGUAGGCGACUUCUUAAGUACGAAAGCACCCGGCAUCCUGCACGAUGUCCUUGAAGAGCGAUUUGUAGACAUCGUUGCCAUCACACCAGACCAGCUCGCUCUUAUCACGCUCGGCAUUUUGCUCUUCAUGCUGGCCUCGACUACGCUGGCCGGCCUCCUUGUUGCUUGCACUACCGCACCAAAGCCGCCCUUGAACGCACUUCUGGAUGUAGGUCUCACUGGACCCCUACGCUUGCUGAUGGAUGCGCGGCACAAGAACAUUCAAAAGCUCGGAGUCGUCAUCCCGCUUCAGAUUGUUUUGCGUGGGGUCCUUUGUGGUCUGUUUGUGAAGGCGGCAUGGUGCUUCGUGGACGAGGAGUAUAUUGCCAGUUCGUACGCCAUGGUCUUCAACGAUGACGUGGAGAACAACCAGGUGUCGCGCCUCUACACUGCCUUGGUCUUGCUGCACAUCGGUUCAGGUCUCAUCGCAUACUGCAUGAUCUAUUCCGCGACCUCAGAACCCACAGGCGACCUUCAACAAGUGCACUACCGUGCUGCCACUCCCGGAGACGGAGCAGUGAGAUACCCUCAGUACUACUCAGUACCCUCAGGGCCCUCCAGGCUUGCUUAA